AUGUCACCCAACAAGACUAAUACUCAUAAUUUCAUACCUGCUACGCCAACAUGCACUAACUGUUCUUGUUUCUUUUGCAUCAUGUCCGAAACAGUUCCUUCCCUCAGAAGAGCGAAAAUAACUCGCUACUUCAAACAAAUGCCCCUUAGAGAUGACCAAGAACACAUCUUGGCGUUAAGUGGGCUCUGGAAAAUCGCUAUAACUAACCCAAACGAUCCAGAAUUUCCUUCCCUUGGCAUCUUUAGAUGCAUGGCCAAGUUAAUCCAGAAAGGAGUCAAUAACAAAGAUUGGCUUCUCAGAUGUCAGAACAUAUAUAUCCCUUAUUAUGCAGCGCAUAUUAUUGGUUCUUAUACCAUGAACAAACCCAAGUUUGCGGAUAAAGCUGUCAAGUCCAACGUUGUUCAGCCGCUGAUGGAACUGCUUCGAGGCAAGAUUAGUUGGGUUGAACAAAGAGUUGCACUUCGUGCACUGGGUCAUCUUGCUAGCCAUGAAGCAACUUUUGAAGCCGUUGCUGGACAUGAAGCUCAAGUCAUAGAAGCCGCCAUUAACAUAGCUUCCACGUGCCUAAACGAGGUAUAUGAAAAGUUUGUUGGCUUGAAGAGAUCAGAGAGGUUGGAGUAUCAUAGGAACUUGCUAACAAGAGGGCAUGGAGACUUGGAAUUAGAGAAUAGAAAGGCAGAAGAAUGGGCCAGCCAGCUUCAAUGUUGGUCUCUCUAUCUCCUUGAUUGCUUUGCAUGUAAAGAAAGAUCUUUGGGAUUAAUCUGCAAAAACCAAUUCUUAAGGGAUUUGUGUGGAAUGUGGGGUGGUUUGUCAAACCCAACUUCACCUGCUGGAAUAGGACUUCUCAGAACACUGUGCCACACCCAAAUAGGGAGAGAAAGAAUAGCAAAUUUGCAAGAAGUGCUUGUGAAUAUUUGUAAUGUCUCAAGGUCAUCAGAUGAUAGACAACACAUGGCAAUUGAUAGUCUUUUGCAACUUCUCAGAGAUCCUAUUACAAGAUACAAAGUAAUAGAUACCGCUGCUCCAGUUCUUGCUGAUUUGGUUGAACUUAGAAGCAUGGGAGGGAAACCCAAAGUAGGACAAGCAAUCGUGCAAACCCUUUUACAGGAUUACCACAAAAUCAAGUUUGGCGAGAUGAAUUUGAAAAGCGAAAGAACCAAGAGAACAUUAGAAGAAUUAUGGGGUUUGAAGGUUGAAAGAGUUAAAAGAGAAAGCCUAAUGAGUGAACAAGAAAUCAGAGAAAAAGAAGUGUUAGCAGGUGUUUUAAAACAAGAAGGAAAUAGAGAAUUUUGGUCAGGGGAAAUCGAAAAGGCUGUGAUGAAGUACACUGAGGCAUUGAAUCUGUGUCCAUUAAAGACUAAGAAAGAGAGAAUUGUGCUUCAUAGCAACAGAGCUCAGUGUCACUUGCUUCUUGGAGAUGCUGAAGCUGCACUCAGCGAUACCACUCGUGCUCUGUGCCUAUCGAAUGUGGCGUGCGAGUGUCUUCACAGUAAGAGUUUGUGGAGAAGAUCACAAGCUUUUGACAUGAAAGGGUUAGCUAGGGAGAGUUUGAUCGAUUGUUUAAUGUUCAUCAGUAACCGUUAUGAGUCUCGGAAGAAAAAGGGUUUCAAGAUACCACACUACGCAGCACGUAUGGUUAACAAACAGAUGAACGCCACGUGGCUCUUUGCUGAAUCGGUUAAGUCAAGUUGGCAUCGCACACACGAAGAAGUGGAAGAAUUCGUGGUUCAAAAUAAAAUGGAGUCUCUCAGCUUGAAGAAGACGACGAAGAGAAUAUCGAAAGGUAAGUGA